GCACUGAAGAGAGCAGUUGCUCUUUCGAAAGGGCGACACCGUCCUACCGCAGUGUAACGUUAACGUUUCGAGCUACUAACACCACCUCACAAAGUAUUUUCUAGUUUUGAGUCCUGCAACGCGUCCACACACUUUCAACGCUUGUUACCAUACAGACAUGGCUGCCCAGUGUGUAACCAAGGUGGAGCUGACUGUGUCCUGUGAGAAUCUUCUGGACAAAGACAUCGGCUCAAAGUCCGACCCUCUGUGUGUCCUGUUAAUGAGCAGCUCUGAUUCCCAGUGGUAUGAGGUGGGGCGCACCGAGAAAGUCCAGAAUUGCCUCUGCCCAAAGUUUGCAAAAAAGUUUGUCGUCGACUACUUCUUUGAAAUAGUGCAGAAACUGAAGUUUGGGAUUUAUGACAUCGACAACAAAACUAUUGACCUGAGUGACGAUGACUUCCUGGGGCAACUGGAGUGCACCUUGGGCCAGGUUGUGUCCAGUAAAAAACUGACCCGGCCACUUGUCUUGAAGAACAAUUCCCCUGCAGGAAAAGGGACCAUCACAAUCAGUGCAGAAGAAAUAAAAGAUAACAGGGUGGCAAAUUUUGAAGUUGAAGCAAGGAAACUAGAUAACAAGGAUUUCUUUGGGAAGUCCGACCCUUACCUGGAAUUCUACAAGCAGACAGCGACUGGAUGGCAGCUGGCUCACAGGACCGAGGUGGUGAACAACAACUUGAAUCCAACAUGGAAACCCUUUCGAAUCCCCCUGCAGUCUCUCUGUGGAGGAGACAUGGACAAACCUAUAAAAGUUGAGUGUUAUGAUUAUGACAACGAUGGCUCACAUGAUCUUAUUGGAUCCUUUGAGACAACAAUGACGCGCUUCCAACAAGCAUCACGAACCUCUCCGGCAGAGUUUGAAUGCAUCAACAGUAAAAAGAAACAGAAGAAGAAAGGCUACAAGAACUCUGGUGUUGUGAGCGUGAAGCUAUGCGAGGUGGUGAAGGAGUAUACCUUCCUGGAUUAUAUUAUGGGAGGCUGUCAAAUCAACUUCACCGUGGCUAUUGACUUCACAGGCUCCAACGGGGAUCCCAAGUCUCCUCAGUCUCUGCAUUACAUUAGUCCUCAGGGCGUUAACGAAUACCUCUCUGCUAUCUGGUCUGUUGGCAAUGUCAUCCAGGACUAUGACAGUGACAAGAUGUUUCCUGCCUUUGGCUUUGGAGCCCAAAUCCCUCCCACAUGGCAGGUUUCCCAUGAGUUUCCCCUGAAUUUCAACCCAGCAAAUCCAUUUUGUGCAGGCAUUGAAGGUGUGGUGGAGGCCUACAGAGUGUGUCUGCCCCAGGUCAAACUCUACGGUCCUACCAACUUCUCCCCUAUCAUCAACCACGUAGCCUGCUUUGCUAAGCAAGCAAUGCAGCAGACGACCGCAUCGCAAUACUUUGUUCUGCUGAUCAUCACUGACGGAGUGAUCACCGACAUGGAUGAUACGCGCAGUGCCAUCGUCAACGCCUCUCGUCUCCCCAUGUCGAUCAUCAUCGUUGGAGUAGGGGGGGCGGACUUCAGUGCCAUGGAGUUCCUGGAUGGAGACAAUGGACGUCUGCGCUCUCAGACUGGCGAGGCUGCCAUGCGAGACAUUGUCCAGUUUGUGCCAUUCAGGCAGUUCCAAAACGGUCCUCGAGAAGCACUGGCAAAGAGUGUGUUGGCAGAAGUACCAGGUCAGCUGGUGGACUUUUGUACUACAAUGAAGCUGAGUCCACCUACAUCCAUUCCCGCACCAAACCCUGCACCAAACCCUGCACCAAACCCUGCACCAAACCCUGUACUCAACCCUGCGGGGACCAUCUGAUACUACAAGGAAGAAACCAGACAUACAGUAGACCUAAUUUCAUCUCCUGCAGAUAUAAAGCAGAUCCCACCUUAAUCUCAUCACUCAAUUAGACAAAUGUCCUUCCUACCAGCAUGCAGCUUAGUCAAUGAUAGUCACCUAAACCACACACACAAUACAUCAAAAGUAAACACUCCACACUAUUGACCAAAGAUAUUAACAUUGAUGUGUGUUCAUUUUAGCUUUUAUUCAGUGCUACUGCAACUUAAAAAUAGAAAACAAACAAAUCAUUCCAUCUGUCGUUUUUGAAAGAUUAAGUUGAAAGGCAGGGAAUUGCACUUUUAAUAAUAGUUUUUGGAA